AUGCUUACGAGAAAGGAAUCGAUGCCGAUGCAAUCAUACAGAAGAGUUAGAAAGAUAAAAGAUUCUACUUCUUCGUGUUCCUGUGACGAUGAAAACGAGAGUCUGUUAAAAAUAGAAGACAGAGCCACCGGGAAUAUAUAUUUCGCCAAACGAAGAAUUAAAAGGUCAAUUACGGAAGAUGAUUGUGACGAAAAUUUUAGUGAGAUAGUCCCGUAUGGAAGAUUCGCCACUAAACAAUUACCAAAGCAUUUGGAAUCCGCUGUGAAAGACACGUGUUAUUUCGAGGAAGAUGAAACUAAACAUUUACGAACACGAAAGUGUGUUCGUCAAAUGGAAGACGUUAAAUCUGAAUUAUCGAGAGAAGAUCUUGGAAUUUCAGAAAGGAAACCUAGGACUUCAGGAGGCCGUAAAUUUUUGGAAGUCAUAAAACCUUUGGAAACUAUAAAGCCUUUGAAAACUUUUUGGUCAUCGAAAGUUAAAGAAAAAAUUGAUACAGAUGAAGAAACGAAACUUGAUGAUAUGGAACCCAUAGAAAUAAAAGUAGAUAAAGCAACCGAUUUACUACCAGAUAAAAGCAGAUUCACUCAAACAAAGUUUUAUAAACACGAUAAAGAAGAUAAAAAUGGUAAACUAGAUAUUAGAAAUCCAGACGUAAGAAAGAUUAGCAAAAGAGAGUUAAGCAGGGAAAGGAAAAAAUAUCGGGAAAGGUGCAAAAAACAUCAUCGUAGCCGUUCGAGACGAAGGAAAUCCAGUUGUUCGGAAGAAUCAAUAUUAACAGAUGAAGAAAUAUAUGAAUACAAAUCCAGAUUAAAAAAACCAUGUCGGUAUGCUCCUGAAACACCUACUAGAGAAAGAAGACGAGCAAGAGAAUGGGAAUCGUGCGAAAAUAUUCAUUUCCCAUACGAAUGCGAGUGUUGUCCACGAAAUUGUAGAAAGCAUAUUUAUAAAAGGAGUGGUUCUGAAAUUCCUCGUGAAUUUAUUACGACUGAACCGGAAGCAACGACGCGAAGACCCGAUAUGCCUAUGGUAAAAAGAUAUUUACCUAUGUAUCAAACUCCGGAAUUAAUUGAAGAGUUGAAAAGACACGAUAGAAUGAAAUUAAUUCAAGAAAAAGAAAAGAAAAAGCAUAGAAGUCCUUUUCGAUGUUUAGACAGCUCAACGAGUAGUAGAAUGGAGACUCAAAGGAUCAAUCCUUCUCUUGCAUCUGAACGUUCAUUCAAAGUAAUUCAACAAGAUGACAGAUAUCCUUAUCAGGAAUCGCAGACUUAUAAAAAUGUUUUAAGCGAAUUUCAAAGAAGAAUUGGAUGUCGAGAAAGUCAUAAAUCUUGCGAAAGCAUACCACUAAUAUGUUUGUCUGAAAAAGCAGAUAAAAGUAAACGUGUAAAACAACUUUAUCCAGCCAAAAGUCAAAGUCAAAGAAAAUCGGAUGUGAAAAAAUUCACUCAUAAAAUGGUAACGCCAUUUAAAAUAACAUGUAAACACAAGAUGCACAAAGCAAAUGUAAGGUUUAAACAAAUGAAAAGUUGUGAUUGCUCACACGAUUCAGAAGUUUUAAGCGAGACAUCCUCCGCUUGUAGUUGUGCCACAUAAAUCUUAUAUAUCUACGAAUGAAACAACAAAUAACAAUGAAUAAAUUUCAAACAUUUUUUAUCGGAUAAAAAUAUAUGAUCGCUUUUUAUUUUACUUAAACUACUAUAUACGUGUUAUAUACUUCUA